GAGGGAAGAAGUACAUUGUGACCGGUCAGCAUGCAAAGCACUCCCUCCAAAGCCCCAUCUCUGUCUGAAUCUCUGAUCUGAAAAGCAACUCACCAUUGUUCCAUUUCCAAACGCAAUUGUAUAUCCUUUAUUCAUUCAUCAUCGCAAACCACAAACAGAUAACAAAUAAAUAAAUAAAUAAAUAGAUAAAUAAAUUUAACCACAUUUUCCCUCUUCUCUGGUUUGGGCGUUGCAAGAUGCUGUGCAGCCGCAUAUUGCAGAGGAGAAUUUUGAUCUCCGCUCGGCGAUUCCUCCCUUCAUUUCAGACCUUCUUUUCUGCUUCUGCUUCUGCUUCUGUUUCUGGUUGUUCCUCCCCUUUUGUCCUCGCCAAAGCUAAUGCUCCUUCCCAUCUGAUUUUCGAUUCUGUGUGUUUCAACAGAUACUGCUUUUCUACUCAACCUGUGUUGGAGCUUCCCGCGGGGAAGAUAGUGGACGUUCCGUUGGCACAAACCGGUGAAGGUAUUGCAGAAUGUGAGCUUCUCAAAUGGUAUGUUCAAGAGGGGGAUUAUGUGGAAGACUUUCAACCCCUUUGUGAAGUUCAAAGCGACAAAGCUACCAUAGAAAUUACAAGCCGCUACAAAGGAAAAAUUUCUAACAUUCUCUACGUUCCUGGUGAUAUUGUGAAGGUUGGAGAAACCCUUUUAAAGAUACUAGUUGAUGAGCCAGCGUUUUCUUCAGUGACUCUCGGUGAUUCAGAAAAUGCAAUGCCACCUGAAUCUGAUCAGACAUUGGUAAAUGAGUCUGCAUUUCCUACAACAAUUUGCAACUCAGAAAAGGCUAAGUCACUGGAUUCUAAUCUUGAAAAAGGGAGACAAACUGGAGUUCUAUCAACACCUGCUGUAAGGAAUCUAGCAAAGCAGCAUGGUAUAGAUGUAAAUGAAAUCAGUGGAACUGGAAAAGAUGGAAGGGUUUUGAAAGAAGAUGUCCUCAACUUUGCUGUCAAGAAAGAUCUCACUGAAAAUCCAUCUACUACCUUGCAAGCUGAUUCUGGUGAACAGCUGCAGGAAGCAGAAGGAUACAACAGUGAUGUCACAGCUAAAUAUGAUAGGCUCUCUGAGGACACGAUACUUCCCCUUAGGGGAUUCCAAAGAGCAAUGGUAAAGUCAAUGUCACUGGCUGUCAAAGUACCUCACUUCCAUUAUGUAGAUGAGAUGAACUGUAAUGCCCUAGUGAAGCUUAAAACAUCGUUUCAGAAAAAUAACCCUUAUCCUGAUGUCAAGUACACAUUCCUUCCAAUAUUAAUCAAAUCACUAUCCAUGGCCCUCAAUAAGUACCCUUUUAUGAAUAGUUGCUUCAAAGAUGAUGCAUUGGAGGUUACCCUCAAAGGUUCUCACAACAUUGGAAUUGCCAUGGCGACACCACAUGGUCUAGUUGUGCCAAACAUUAAAAAUGUUCAGUCACUUUCCAUACUGGAGAUAACCAAAGAGCUGGCAAGGUUACAAGAUUUGGCAUCAAAUAACAAGUUAUCUUCUGAAGAUAUAUCUGGUGGGACUAUUACUUUAAGCAACAUUGGCGCUAUUGGUGGAAAGUUUGGUUCCCCAAUUAUCAAUCUGCCUGAAGUCUCCAUUAUUGCCAUUGGUCGAAUUCAGAAAGUUCCACGGUUUGCUGACGAUGAAAGUGUGUAUCCUGCAUCGCUCAUGACUGUUAAUAUUGGUGCAGAUCAUAGAGUCUUGGACGGAGCAACCGUUGCAAGAUUUUGCAACGAGUGGAAACAAUUAAUUGAAAACCCGGAGCUCCUCACGCUGCAUUUGAGAUGAAAUUUGAUUACAUGGAGGGACAAUUACUGAAAUUGUAAUUUAGGUGGUUAAUCUUUAUAUUGACCACAAUAAGAAAUUUAUGAACCAGAGCAUUUAAAAUUGAUCAAAAUGAAGAUCUCAAAAUUUAUCGUAAUUAUUCUGAUCAACAAAUGUCCUCGUCAUAUUCUGAAAUUGAAAAGUGGAC